GAAUCUGAAAUGAAAGGGAACUAGAUUGUGAUGAUCAUCUUGUCACUGUUGCUGUCACCUGUGUUGACAGGAUAAAAAACUUUAACAUGCCUCGUAGCCCUACAUCAAGUGAAGAUGAAAUGGCACAAAGCUUCUCUGACUAUUCUGUGGAGUCCGAAUCAGACAGCUCCAAAGAAGAAACCAUUUAUGACACAAUUAGAGCAACUGCAGAAAAGCCAAGCAGCAGAAUGGAAGACAGUCAGAGCAACACUUUAGUGAUUCGAAUUAUCAUACCUGACCUGCAGCAAACGAAAUGCAUUCGAUUUAACCCAGAAGCUUCAGUGUGGGUUGCAAAACAGCGGAUUUUGUGCACUUUGAACCAGAGUUUGAAAGAUGUCCUGAAUUAUGGACUGUUCCAGCCUGCAAGCAAUGGGAGAGAUGGGAAGUUUUUGGAUGAGGAGAGACUGCUAAGGGAAUACCCACAGCCAGUCAAUAAAGGAGUUCCUUCACUUGAGUUUCGCUACAAGAAAAGAGUAUACAGACAGUUCAACCUCGAUGAAAAGCAGCUGGCCAAGCUUCACACCAAGGCCAAUUUGAAAAAAUUUAUGGAUCAUGUCCACCAUCUCUCUGUGGAAAAAAUAACCAAGAUGUUGGACCGAGGACUGGACCCAAAUUAUCAUGACUUAGAAAGUGGAGAAACACCCCUAACUUUGGCAGCUCAGCUUGACAAUACAGUAGAAGUGAUAAAAGCCCUGAAAAAUGGAGGAGCACAUUUAGACUUCAGAGCCAAAGAUGGAAUGACAGCUCUGCACAAAGCAGCCAGAGCCAAGAACCAAGUAGCCCUCAAGACCCUUUUAGAGCUGGGAGCAUCUCCCAACUACAAAGACAGCUGUGGCCUGACCCCGCUGUACCACACAGCCAUAGUGGGAGGGGACCCUUUCUGCUGUGAGCUCUUACUCCAUGAACAUGCUACUGUCAGCUGCAAGGAUGAAAACGGAUGGCAAGAAAUUCAUCAGGCUUGCAGGUACGGACAUGUCCAACACCUGGAGCACCUCCUGUUCUACGGCGCCGACAUGUGCGCACAGAACGCCUCAGGGAACACGGCCCUGCACAUCUGUGCCCUCUACAACCAGGAGAGCUGUGCAAGGGUGCUGCUGUUCCGGGGAGCCAACAAGGAGAUCAAGAAUUACAACAGCCAGUCCCCAUUUCAGGUGGCUAUAAUAGCGGGAAAUUUUGAGCUUGCUGAAUACAUCAAGAAUCACAGGGAAGCUGAUAUUGGAUCCAGCUUCCCAUAUCCAAGUAGAAGUCCCUGGAAUCCAUUGCUGUCAGUGCCCUUUAGGGAGGCUCCCACCUACUCCAAUAGGAGGAGGAGGCCUCCCAGCACCUUGGCAGCCCCCCGGAUCCUGCUCCGCUCGAACAGCGACAACAACCUGAACAUUAACAACCUCCCCGAGUGGUCAGCCUCCUCUUCUGCCUCUUCACACCGCAGCCUUUCCCCUCACCUGCUCCAACAGAUGCAGAAUAAUCCCAAUGGAACUGUAAAAACUGUGGGGAGUUACACUCCAUCCUCCCGGAGCCGCUCGCCAUCCCUCAACAGGCUGGGAGAAGAUGCCAAGAGGCAGCAGCACAGGCACAUCAGUGCCGUUUACAGUCCCAGUGCCAACAAGGAUACUCUGUCUGCCUUGGAUUAUCAGGGUCCCAAAAGGAAGCUCUACAGUGCUGUCCCUGGGAGACUUUUUAUCGUUGUAAAGCCAUAUCAACCUCAAGGGGAAGGGGAAAUUCACCUGCACAAAGGAGAUAGAGUCAAAGUGCUGAGCAUCGGAGAAGGUGGAUUCUGGGAAGGCAGCACCCGGGGACAUAUUGGCUGGUUUCCUGCAGAGUGUGUGGAAGAAGUUCAGUGCAAACCAAAUGAAAGCAAACCAGAAACACGAACAGAUAGAACAAAGAAGCUGUUUAGACACUACACUGUUGGAUCCUAUGACAGCUUUGAUGCUUCAAGUGACUGCAUAAUAGAAGAAAAGGCAGUGGUCCUGCAGAAAAAAGACAAUGAAGGAUUUGGAUUUGUGCUCAGAGGGGCAAAAGCUGACACACCAAUUGAAGAAUUCACCCCAACUCCAGCCUUUCCUGCUUUGCAGUACUUGGAAUCUGUGGAUGAAGGGGGAGUAGCAUGGCAAGCUGGCCUGAGAACUGGAGACUUUUUGAUCGAGGUUAAUAACGAGAACGUAGUGAAAGUGGGCCACAGGCAGGUGGUGAACAUGAUUCGACAGGGGGGCAAUCACCUCGUGCUGAAGGUUGUCACAGUAACCAGGAAUCUUGAUCCAGAUGACACAGCAAGGAAGAAAGCCCCACCACCUCCUAAGCGAGCUCCAACCACUGCACUGACCCUGCGCUCUAAGUCCAUGACCUCAGAGCUUGAAGAGCUUGUGGAUAAAGCUUCAGUACGGAAGAAGAAGGAUAUUCUCCCUUCACAUUUUGAAGGUUUGAAGAAGAGGAUUGUUUUUCGAGUCACACUAAAUAAGGUGGAUGAAAUAGUGCCAGUUUCCAAGCCAUCAAGAAUUGCAGACAAUGCAACUGUGGACUCCAGAGUGGCAACUAUAAAACAGCGGCCUUCUAGUAGAUGUUUUCCCUCAGCUACAGAUAUGAAUUCCAUGUAUGAGAGACAGGGUAUUGCUGUGAUGACGCCCACUGUCCCAGGGAGCCCUCAAGGUCCUUUUCUGGGUAUACCUCGGGGUACGAUGAGAAGACAAAAAUCUAUAGGAAUAACGGAGGAAGAGCGGCAGUUUCUGGCCCCUCCUAUGCUGAAGUUUACCAGGAGUCUUUCAAUGCCUGACACCUCUGAAGAUAUCCCACCACCACCACAGUCCUUACCCCCCUCACCACCACCACCUUCCCCUUCUCUGUACAACUCCCCCAAAUCCCUGACAUCCCGGAGCUACGGAACGAUCAAACCUCCAUUUAACCAGAAUUCAGGUGCAAAAAUCUCUUUGGUUAGGCCCGAGAGCGUGGGUACCAUGAUAAGGGACAAAGGGAUCUAUUACCGGCGGGAGCUGGACCGAUACUCGCUGGACUCAGAGGACCUGUACAACCGGAGUGCCGCAGCUCAGGCCAAUUUCAGGAGCAAGAGGGGCCAGAUGCCUGAAAACCCCUAUUCCGAGGUUGGGAGGAUCGCCAGCAAAGCCGUUUACGUGCCGGCCAAGCCAGCCAGGAGGAAGGGGAUGCUGGUGAAGCAAUCCAAUGUGGAAGACAGUCCGGAAAAGACCUGCUCUAUUCCAAUCCCAACCAUCAUCGUCAAAGAGCCAUCCACCAGCAGCAGCGGGAAAAGCAGCCAAGGGAGCAGCAUGGAGAUUGAUCCUCAGUCUUCGGAGCAGCCCGGACAACUCCGGCCUGAUGACAGCUUGGGAGUCAGCAGUCCGUUCGCAGCAGCCAUCGCAGGGGCCGUGAGGGACAGGGAAAAGAGGCUGGAGGCAAGGCGCAAUUCCCCAGCCUUCCUCUCCACAGACCUGGGAGACGAGGAUGUUGGAUUGACCCCGCCAACACCACGGAUGAGGCAGUCCAAGUUCACUGAGGAGGCCAUGUUCAGCAGUGAGGAUGGUUUCAGACAGCUCAUGUCGCCAUCUCCAAUCCCCGCCCCCAGGGAGCCCGAAAACCUUUUUAACAGCAGUGAGCCCAGCAACCAGAGUGACUCAAGGACAUUGAAUGCUCCAUCCAAAACGAAAGGCACUGACAACAGUAUGGCGGCAGCCAAGCCCACGAGCGCUCCCGGCUCGGAUAGCUACGUCCACCCGGUCACAGGGAAGCUGUUGGAUCCAAACUCUCCACUUGCCCUCGCGCUCUCUGCCAGGGACAGAGCCAUGAAAGAGCAGACACAGCAGGUUCCAGGCAAAGGGGACGCAGUCAAAACUGACCUUAACAAACCGCUUUACAUCGACACCAAGCUGAGACCCAACAUGGAAACGACUUUUCCUGUUACUGCCACUGUCACCAGGCAAAAUACCCGCGGCCUGUUGAAACGGCAGGAGACUGAGAACAAGUACGAGAUGGAUGCAGGGAAAGAAAAGAAAGCUGAGGAGAAGAAGAACAUGUUGAUAAACAUCGUGGAUACCUCACAGCAAAAAUCAGCUGGCUUGUUGAUGGUGCACACGGUGGAUACGGCAAAGUCAGAUGAUAUGCCAGAGGAUGAGGAGGAAAAGGGAGCUGAGAUGGAGCCGAACCCUGAAAACUCCCCGCCGGAGAGGCCGGAGGGCAGCGAGGAAGCGGAGAGCGAACUGAGCGUCUCUGCCGCGCCCGAGCCCCCGGCUUCUCCCUGCAAAACCAUCGUUGCCGCCAGCUCUGUGGACGACCCCGUCAUCCUGCCUUUCCGCAUCCCUCCACCGCCCCUGGCCUCAGUGGACAUCGACGAGGAGUUCCUGUUCACCGAGCCGCUGCCCCCUCCCUUGGAGUUUGCCAACAGCUUUGACAUCCCCGACGACCGUGCAGCGCCCGGCUCAGCGCUGACAGACCUGAUGGCACAGAGGAAGAACGGCACCCCAUCGCCCAGCCAGCCAGCAAACUCCUUGGACGGCAAAAAGCCAGUGGGUCUGUCAAACUGUUUGCCUGCCGCCUUCCUGCCACCCCCCGACAGCUUCGACAACGUCACCGACUCUGGGAUCGAGGAGGUGGACAGUCGGAGCAGCAGUGACCAUCACCUAGAGACAACCAGCACUAUCUCAACAGUGUCCAGCAUCUCUACCUUAUCCUCAGAAGGGGGGGAGAAUGUGGAUACUUGUACAGUCUAUGCAGAUGGGCAAACAUUUCUGGUGGACAAACCCCCAGUACCUCCUAAGCCAAAAAUGAAGCCCAUAAUCAACAAAAGCAAUGCACUUUACAAGGAUGCGCUGAUCGAGGAAACUGUAGACAGCUUUGUGAUCCCUCCUCCCGCUCCGCCGCCACCUCCCAUCAGUGCCCCGCCCAGCCUGGCGAAAGCUGUCCCCCAAAGGACAUCCAAGCUAUGGGGGGACAUGCCGGAGGUGAAAAGCCCAAUUCUCUCAGGCCCCAAGGCUAAUGUCAUUAGUGAAUUGAACUCAAUACUCCAGCAAAUGAACAGAGAGAAAUCCUCAAAGCCAGGGGAGGGAUUGGAGUCGCCGACUGGAACGAAAACUGCGAGUCUCAGUACAAGGAGCACGGAAGUCAUGAGUACUGUCUCAGGUACACGAAGUACAACAAUCACUUUCACUGUCCGACCUGGAGCCAGCCAGCCGAUCACACUGCAGAGCAGGUCCCCAGACUAUGACAGCAGGACCUCAGGAGCAAGGCAUGCUCCCAGCCCUGUGGUUUCACCAACUGAGAUUAAUAAAGACAUCCUGCCUGCUCCUCUGACUGCUUCUGCUUCAGCCUCAUCUCCUUCUCCAACUCUGUCUGAUGUAUUUAGCCUACCCAGCCAGCCCCCUUCUGGGGACUUAUUUGGCUUGACCACAGGGCGCAGCAGGUCUCCUUCUCCCUCAAUAUUACAACAGCCAAUCUCAAAUAAGCCUUUUACAACUAAGCCUGUCCACCUGUGGACUAAACCAGAUGUGGCAGAUUGGUUGGAAAGUCUAAACUUAGGUGAACAUAAAGAAACAUUUAUGGACAAUGAAAUAGAUGGCACACAUUUACCGAAUCUACAGAAGGAAGAUCUGAUAGACCUUGGAGUGACUAGAGUUGGGCACAGAAUGAACAUAGAAAGAGCUUUGAAGCAGCUGCUGGACAGAUAAGAAUAGCUAUUUUGCCUCACAAACUUCUGUUGAUAACUAGAGAUGGGCUGGUACUGACAUACCCCAAAUGCCUUGUCUGUCUGUGAGUGCCAGCAAAAUUGGGGGGGGAGGGGGAAAACAGAUGAAUUCCUGGUACUCAGGUGAUGCAGACUGUCUGCUGCAUGCCCAAACACAAACCUAAAGAUGCUAAAGAAGUGGGGCCAUUUUAUUUCAAAGCUGUGGGGAGAUGUGUGAGAGAGACAAUUGUUAACUUUAAAACUCUUGAUGCUGCCCUUGGCCAGGACCGUUGCGUGAGGAUUUUCUUUUAAAAUUGCAAACAUUUCAGGGUUCCUUUUAUUGACAGAAAAAAAAAAAAUUGCAUUUUAUUUUAUUCUCUUCUUGACAUUCAAGUCUCCAAGUAGGCUUCCUUCCCCAGCCCUUGGUUCAUUUUGAGAUGACAGGUUGCUCCAUUACCACUCAAACCCAGUUUUAUCAGUAGCAGGGAUAUGAGGUGGGCAUAGGAGUUUAUAUUACUCUUUUUUUACUGACAUAACUCCCUGAUCUGUGGGCAGUGAAGCUGGUUGUCCUGCUGGGGUCAGUCCAAUGGUAACCUUGCUCUGUUUUACCUGGUAUUUCUUUAUUUCUGCAGUGAUAUUUAGCACUCUUCCAAGGUGGCAGAACAAGUUCAGUGCAUGCUCCAUUGACAUGGCCUGUAGGAUGGUGCAGAUGUUGAGUAAAGGCUGAGGAGGGACCACGCUUAGAUGUACAGCAAAGUGAAGAUAGUUUGAACCUGAGACCCCCCAGUUCUCAACCAGCUCAGCUGCUGCUGAGUCAAAAUAGGAGCUCCACGAGCCAGGACAAACUUUGGUGUGCAGGCAGAGCUUUGAGACUUGACAGUGAGACACUGAGAGAGGCUGAGCCCUGCGAGGUGCUGCUUAAUUCAGUGAGUGGUAAGUGCCUGGGUACUUUGAACACCAGGCUGAGAAUGAAGGAAAAGAGAAAUGAAUGUUCCCAUUGAAGUCAGUGGGAAGUGUGCCAGGAUCUGAAGUGAGAGAGGCAUUUCAGCCUGUUAGGAUGGAAAUGCUUCAGAUCCUUGAGAGGAGGCAGAGAGGUGAUGCCAAGAUGGAAAGAGCUGUGGAGUGUCUCGGGGUGCGUGCGUUCUGAGAGCCAGGACGGCUGGGGAGGGCUCUCAUUUUAUCACUGCUGGCAGGAACUGGCUCUGGACAAGGACAGAGGGCCGGGCACUGGCCACCAGCCCAUUCCUUGGCACAAUAGGCGGGAGCAUCCUGCCAGAAUCCAGGGCUGGGAGUGGGGCAGAGAGAACUUUCUGGCAGACUUCCGUCAGCAGGGGAGAAACACCCAUGGCUGGUUCACACAGCUUUGUUUAAAAAAAAAAUUUUUUUUUUUUUGACUUUCAAGUUAACAAGUCUCUCUCUGCAUGUUUGAACUCCCCCUUGUAAUUAACACCUCUGAAUAUCUGUGAGUUUUGUAGGACUUUCUGGGCAGAAUAUUCAAGAUGUUCAAGGUGGGUAAAUUGGAUGUGGAUGGCUAAAACUGCCUCCCUACCAAACUUUCAGGUUCCCUUACAUUUUGCAAGGUACCUGAACUUUCUUUCCUUGAUAUGGUCCUUGAUAUGGUCCAGCCUAUCUCUAAGUUUUUUAUUAUUGUGAUUAUUUUUUGCUCACAAACAAGUGUCUAAUUAGGUCUGCAACAGCCCUAGUAUGAGUACAUAAAGUUUAGCAUUUUAAAUAUCUUUCUUUACUGCAAGUUUAAAUAGUUGUACAGAUAGUUUAUAAGCACAAUAUUUUAAGAAAAUAAGUGGCUGGUCUACUGGGCAGCCUUUGUGCCACUUCAGUGCUAGGAAGUUAAAAACAGACAAACAAAAAAAAAAAGAAAAAAAAAACUUUUUGUGGUUUACUACUAUUUCUGUGGAAUAAUUAUAAAGUCUUGACCUUUUUAAAAUCAACCUCAUUUGGAUGCAUCUGAACCAGCAGAGCUGUGUUAUAUUUUCUAUCUUUGCUAGAACUUCUACAGAGGAGGAUGAGUAUUUCUUCAAAAGUGGUUACAGUUACCAACGCAUUGGAAACUCAUAAAAAUCAACUUAUUUAAGCCUCCUGCCCCCUUUUUGGAACAGCAAAUCUUUUGACUUAACAUCUGUUACUGUGCUCUGUUUGUAUUUGGGGAGUUCCAAGGAACCUUGUCAUAAAAACGAAGCACUGAGGCGUUUUGCUGUCGAGGAGUGCUGAGUUUUUCCAUGGGAGGUGUAGAAAAUGGCAGUUCCACUCAGAUAGGUUGAUGCAGGCAACUUGAGGCCAUCACACACUUCAAGAAGUGAAAAAAAGAAAAAAACAAAGGUAAUUUAGCCAUCUUUUGUCUUCCAUUUGGUGAUACGACAGAAUUCAGUAAAUAAACCACUGAUGCCAUGCUCUCUCUUUUUUUUAAUUUUUUUUUUGGUUUGUUUCUUUGGGUACAGUUGCUAUUACCUCUAUAACAUGUGCCAGAAACACGUUAGGAAAUAAAUACAGUAGUAAAAUUAAAAAACAUAGACGUUGACUUUUAAAGCUGCUUUUUUUGGAUCACAACCUUCCCGUUGGUUGAACUUGCCCUGAACAAGCGCUGGCACACCCAGCAGCUCCCAGGUGGGAGCUCCCUUCCUCACACAGGUGUGGCUCCUGCUCUGCAUCUCUUCAGGUACUCCAAGAGCAGGUACACAACGGGCAGACGAAGGAGGUGUAAGGGAAUAGUUUUAUUUUUCACCUUGUGUCCUAUGAAGCCAAAAGGUAAGGAGACCUGAGGGGACCUACUUGGACCAGCAGAACGCACCUCUGCCAAGUCGAGUUCAGUCUCCAGCUCUGAGGGGUGGUUUGAAACAAAAAAAAGAAAGCAAUAGUAACAGAUAACGCCGUGGCCUCCGAGUAUUUUCAGCAGGGGGGAGGAGAGAAGACCCAUUUCUUUCAUGCUACUCUGAUAGUGAAAAACAAAGUCAUUAGAUAUCUAUGAUAUUCUGGGUUUUAGGAUCAACUUUUGUUUAUAUACUGUAAUUUAAAUAAAUUGCAUUUACAUGCCUAGUUUCUGUAAUAUUUGUGUAUACAAUACCAAAAUCUUACAAGAUGUAAAUUGUGUAUAACUGCACAGACUCCUUGCCCUAGGUGUCUGAGAACAUUUUAAGUUUAAUUCAUAUAUUAUAAAAUGACUAGAUGUGACUGUUGAUUUACAGAAUUUACAUAUCACAAAAAAGUUAAUUAUUUGUGGUACUUAAGUUAAUAAAAAAAUAGUGAUUUUUUUUUUCUUUUCCUCUCAGUUCUUAGAAAGCAUUACCCAGUUGAUCUGGUGAUGAUUAUGUGUAUGAGCCACAAAUAUUGAUAAUUUUUCCAUUACAUUUUUUCUUUUCUUUUCUAGAUACUAAUAUGUUUCUCGCUAUAGUUUGUGUAACAACUUGUGUUCACGUUAUCUAUGUUGCUGUAAUUUUUGUGCUUUAAUUCCUCUUAUUUCAACUGAUUAAAAAAACAAAAUCAAGCUCCUGUAACUUGCACUUUUCCCCAAUCCUUAAUACUCUUGUAUGGCAACCAAAAUUACUGUAAGAAAUAAAUAUAAUAUUGCACUAAGGGUGUGUUUCUGAUUGCAAACAGAGAGCACUGUCUGGAUUUUUAUUAAAAAAGAAAAAAAAAUAAGUUGCCAAAAAAAAGUUGCAAUUUGUUUUAACAAAAUGUAGAUAGAACUAAGGGGAAAUUAUUGAUUUAUUGUUGGGAAAAGCAUUUCCUGUUAAUUCUUUUUUUUUUUUUUUUUUUUUUUUGUUAAAGCAUUCCUUAUGCCGAAUUUUCUGUUCAUUUGCUGAAUUUCAAGGGUCAUGCUUGAAAUCUGGAAAAGCAGGAAACUUUGAAGGGGACAGGUAGAAAACUCCAUUACCUUAGUUUUUUUGUUGUUUUGUUUUGGAGUUAUUUUGGUUUGGUUUGUUUGUUUGUUUUUUGUUUUGGUUUUGGUUUUUUAGGGGGUUUUGGGUUUUUUUUUUGUUUUGUUUUUGGUUUUUUGGGGUUUUUUUUUGCCUUAAGGUGGAAUUCUGAAAUGUGUGGAAUGUUCUUUGCUCGGGGAAUGCACGCCUCGAGCUUCAGUGCUGCUGCUGCUCUGCAAUUUCACGGGGCACUGAAAAGUGAGGGUUUGGGGAUUUGAUUUUUAUUUGGAGCUGGGGUUUCUCUGGGGCAGAGCAGCUGCGCAGAGUGGAGGAGGGAGCAGCACUCCUUGUCCCACUUUGUGCAUCUGUGACUUCGAAAUCUGUACCAGCGGGCUCUGUUUGUACUGUGAAUAAACAAGGCUGCGAAUGGAAAAAAAACCCAACCAAACAAAAAAAAACCCAAAAAACGAGGAAACAAUUAUCAUCUUCUUUUGGCUUAAGUUAAAGAUUUGUUUUUCUAUCUUUAAAUGGUGAUGCAAUGAAGAAUAUUUUUUAUUUUUAUUUUCUAAGAUAUUGGAAUAAAUACCUAGAACCGUUGCCAUUUGGUUUCAUAUGUUCCUUAACUACAAACCUCUUCUCAGCUGUCAUUCUAGCUCAUCAUUUUUCUAGCCCUCUGUUAUUAUUUCUCUCAUGAUUUCCCAGCAACAAUUACUUGGCAGCUUUGUUUUGUUAAAAACAUAAACUAGAACAAGCCUGUUUGGGUUUUUUUUAUUUACUUAUUUCAGGUAUUGUGGCAAACAUCUGUGUAUCCAAAUAAAGUCAGGUAUUUCCAGUGCAAAACAAAGAAUGCUUUGCAAUUGUCACUGCUUGUUGGCCAAAGAAAUGAGAAGAGUUGAUCAUUGCUGUUGUUGUGUACAUUGUAUCAAUGUGUUCUGCUUUAUUCUUUGGUUUCUGUAUUUUUUUCUGUGGGUUUUUUUUUUUUCCCCUGUAUUUUCCUGCAUUUUGUGGACUUUCAUCCCCUCUGUCCUUGGCUGGGCCACCCAGAGUAGCAUGAUUGUAACGCUUCAGAAUGUGUGUUUUUAAAAAAAAAAAAAAAGAAAACAACAAAAAAAUUGUAUGUGCCUUAUAAUUUUCCACGUGGAUCAGCGACACUGUAUUUCACAUAAAAAGCUUUAUCUUCAAGGUGUUCAGUACCUGACAAACAGAGAGUGCUGGGGUUGGAGUGAGCUCUGUGUCACUACUUUAGGAAACCCUGAGGAGCUACAGUGAUUCAGACCUUAUCUCACCACAUUCUUGGCAUUGUGAGCCUGAUUUCACGUCCUCUAUUCAAAUCAGGCAAGCAAGAGGGGAAAAGAAAUGAGAUGAGACUGUUAUUUUGGGUUCAGUUCACUGCCAUAAAUCCUGGGUGGCUGGUACAGUUGAUGUGGGCUGUGUUUCACAGACGAGGUAACGAUGAUAAAUAAAUAAACCAAGUGGACUUGAUGCCAUUAAGUCUGCCACGAACUGGUUCUGUGCCACUGACAUCUAGUGGAAUCUGAUGGACACUGUCUCAAAGCAAUAUCAGACCUUUAAAAAUAUUUAUUUAUUUAUUUAUUUACUUUCAACUACUGUCAUUCUUUCUACAAGAAGCUGUUUUAGAAAAUUUUGUAUUGCUGUUGUUUAGGUUGGCCUGAGUAUUUAGGCCUUUAUUAUUUUACAGAAAGGCUGACUGUAUAAUUACUCAAAUUAUACACCAAUGAGAAGUCUUAAUGUGUUUUCUGGUCUCUCUGUGCUUAUGUUUUCUCAGUUUUCUGUUUUGAACGUCAGCAUCUCCAUGUGAUACUUCAUUUGCAUCCGGCAUGGUUUUUAAUGGGAAUAUAGGUUUUGUCUCCAGUGCUGUAAACCUUGGACUGUUUUGAACCCUUUCUGACACUACAACCUGAUGAAAAACAGCCUGUUCAGCUCCAUAUUGUGAAAAAAAAAAAAAAAAAAAGGUGAAUUUCGAAGUUGGGAAGCAGUUCAGAACAGCUGGGGGGGAUUUCCCUGAUGCGCUUGCAGUGCUGAAGUUUGGUUUUCUCCAGUAAAAUUCCAGUUGUUUUUUUCCUCAGGACUGAUGCCAGGAGGAAUCCAUGCACGUGUGUGUGAGUUCUUGUACGCUUUCAAUGUAAAGGUCCUUGGGCAGCCUUAGAAAACAAUGUACAGAUAGGACACCAGUGUUGCAUGUGCUUAAACCUGUACUGGAAUCAAUGUCGCCGUGUACCUGUUUGCUUUGGAAAUCUGAAGAGAAUACAAUAUACAGAAACCUCAAAAUCUA